ACAACCAUGUCAACGCUAAUAGAGAAAGUGAAGGAACUAAUAGGACAACAAGCUGAAAUCCAAAGACAAUGGAAUAAACAAAUGCAAAAUACUAUGAACAAAUAUUUUAACAAACUGGAACAGGUCGGUAUAAUGAGUGAUAUCACAGAUUCAAAUAACAACUAUAUGAAUAAAAAAGAGAUUAAUGCAGGCUUGUCAGAUGCAACAAUACAUACAAACAGUGAACCAAUAAUAGCAAAAAACAAAGCCCAGAAAUAUCUAUCAAUUAAUUACUCAACACUAAAGCAGCUACCAACAGUUCAAGGAUUCGCAAACCCACUAGCAGCUAGUAUUAAAACAUUUGGAAGCUAUAUCGAACUUACUGAAUUUGCAUACAAAAACAUAAAAGCAAGUGCAAAAUAUCAUCAUAAUGAUCUACCAUUGCAGGCCUCAGAAGGGGGAUAUAUUGCUAUUGGCAAACAACCAACAUAUAACAAAUUUAAUGAUAUAUUUAAAUAG